UAAAAUUUUUACGAACAAUACUAUUUACCAUCACAAAACACACUUCCAAAUUCAAAAAGUACCCUUCUUGCUUGCUCUACAAUUGGCUAAUACAAUGAUCUCUUAAUACAUAUCCCACUAUCUUUUCAUAACAAGCUAAACCAAGUAAAAUGAAAAUGUAUCCUCUCUUAAAACCCACUUCUUUCCUCCACCUUUCCCUCCUCCUCCUCACCUUCCUCCACCUCCCAUUCCCUUCCUCCUCCGACUGCCGCGCGCAAUGCGGCACAACUCCAAUCCACUACCCCUUCAGCAUCGACGACGGUUGCGGAGCCCCACAGUUCCGCAACAUGUUCACAUGCAACGCCUCUUCCCUUUCUCUCUUCUUCAUCACCCCAAAUGGUAACUACAAAGUUCAGUCCAUAGAUUACAAGUCUCAAACUCUUACAGUUUACGACCCUGACAUGUCCACUUGUACUGUUCUUCAACCUCAUCAUGACCUCCACCUCUCUGACCUUCAGUACGCCAUCAUCCCCCCUUCUCCUGACACUGUCUUCGCCCUCCUAAACUGCUCCAUCGACUCCCCCAUUCUCCACCGUUUUAGCUCCCUCUGCUUCGAGUUUACAGGCCAUAAAUGUGAUGAGCUCUACUCUUCCUGCAACUCCUUCCGAGUUUUCACCAAUGGGUUGGUUAACCCCGGCAUAAGUAACAGCACUGGUCCUGCUGGCUACUUUUAUGCCGGGGGAAAUAAUUUUAAUAAUAACAACAAUACUGGUUUCAGUACUGGUGUUACUGGUAGUAGUAAUAAUAAUAAUAAUAUGGGGGCAGGGGUGCCAGUUGCGGGGAGCGGAGUACCCCCGCCCCCAUGUUGUUUUACAGGGUAUAGUACAUUGAAGGUGAUGAGCAUGGAUAUAUUGGAUUGUACGCAUUUUACAAGUUUUUAUGAGGUGGAUAAGUUGAGAGGUGUAGGGCCUAUGGAUUGGUCGUAUGGUUUGAAAUUUAGCUACAGUGUACCGGAUAUGGGGUGUGAGAGGUGUAGUAAAUCUGGUGGAAGUUGUGGGUUUGAUGUUGAGACUGAAGCCUUGCUCUGCCUUUGCCCUGAUUCCAACAACUCUACAAGACAAUGUGGAAGCGAUACGGAUGAUGGUAUACGUGGGGUACCAUCAAUCAUACUUGAAGCUUUAACUAUGUGCUUGGGGUUCCUCAUUCUCCUUAGUUGAGUGUUAAAUGUUGCUGCCCAUGAAAAACAAACAACGCAAUAUGCAGUUGAGCAGUCAGCACUAGUAAAAGCUGAAUACAAGCUGACGGUUUAGUUGUAAGCGAUUUUUUCCCCUAAUUCAUGACUGAUCUUUCAUGGAAGUGACAGUAGUCAAUUAGUCACGUCUUCACCUUUCAGAUGCUUUGAAAAUGUUGUUGUCUAUUGUAAAUUAUUCAAUCCUACGUGAUUAUGAUGGAAAUUUUCAAGAUACCCCGACUUAAAUAGUCAUGGAAGGAUGGGACAUUAUCGAUGGAAAUUAUACCGUACUUCUGGGUGUAUAUAGCUCUAUGUACAUCCAAGGUUAAAUAAGUGUGUAUCUUUUAAAUGA